AUGAAGUAAUCCUUCUAAAUCAAAUCUGAAAUGUAUAUAAUUAGUAUUAUUGAUAAAGACAGCUUUGUUUUAAGAUUGUAUUCCUGGGUUCGAGUUCAGUUGGUAAGAGUUCACUAAUCAAAAGAUUUUUAAGAAAUGAAUUCGCAAUGAAAUCAAUGAGUACAGUAGGAGUGGCAUGUGUAAAAAUAUAAAUGUUUAUAUUAUAAGGAGUCUAAGAUAGUUAUAAUAAAUAAUCAAUAAGUGAAAGUGUAAAUGUGGGAUACUGCAGGAUAAGAGAGAUUUAGAUCAUUAACUAAAAAUUAUUAUAGAGGUUGUGAUGCAGUUGUAAUAGUAUAUGAUGUUACAAAUAUGAAGAGUUUUGAUCAAAUUAAUAAUUGGAUUGCAGAUUUUGAUGAGUAUAUCUAUAACAUCUAUAAAAAGCAAAUGUGAAAAACCAGCAAUCAAAAUGUUAUUAGGUAAUAAAAUUGAUAUGCAAACCAGAGAUGUAAGUAUUGAAUUGGGAAUAGCAUAUUCAAAAAGGAAGAAAAUCAUAUUUGAAGAAGUCUCUGCUAAAGAUAAUAUUAAUGUUGAAAAUGCUAUAAUGAGAUUAAUUGGAAUCUUAGUAUCACAAACUAAAAUAGAAUCAGGAGACAAGAAUCUUCGUAGAGGAUCUAUGGCUGAAACAAAAUAAACUAUUAUUGAAGAUCCUUUCAUUAAUAAAUCAGCUAGAUUAUAUAAGGAUGCAUCCAUAUCUGAUCAUUCCAAAUUAUAAGCAAUUAAAUCAGCUGAUGAAAGUUUACAAGAAGAUAUACAAAUAAAUAACACAUCUAAUCAUUAAUUAACAUCUUCUUAAGAUAAUCAUAAUAAUAUGAACCUUAAUUCCUAAUAACCUACAAAUAAUAUUAAACUAAUUCAUCCAAGAUAAUCUGGUAUUAUAAGGGAUGAGUAUAUUAGAAAACAUUCAUCUAAUUAAAAUUGUAUGUGUUCUUGUUGA